UGGGUUUGACCCUCAGCUGCCCUCAGCUCAGCCUCGGAAGACCUGGGUUUGAUUCCCCACAGUGCCCGAGGGGAGGCUGUUAGGGAACUAGUCACAACUCCCUGAUUCUCAGCCACCAGGACCUGGGAGGAGUGGAAGAGAUGGCAGUGGCUGAAACACAACUAUAUUCGAAGGUUUUGAACAAAGUCAAAAACAGAAGCACCUGCGCUUUACUGGAAUCCCUCUUAUCUAUGGGAUUCCCUGCACAUACAGCGCAAAAAGCUUUGGCUGCUACUGGACACAAGACAGCAGAAGAGGCUUCAAAAUGGUUGCACUCUCAUUGUAAUGAUCCUUCUUUGGAUGAUCCAAUCCCUCAGGAAUAUGCUCUCUAUUUGUGCCCAACUGGACCCUUGCAUGACAAACUGCAGGAAUUUUGGAAAGAGAGCAAGAACCAAUGUGCAAGAAACAAAGCCCAUGAGAUUUUCCCCCACAUAACUCUUUGUGAUUUCUUUACGUGUGAAGAUCGGAAAGUGGAAUUCUUGCAUGAAGCCCUAAAGAAAGUUGGUGACAGGUUUUUAAAUGUGUUCCCACCUGCCAUUUCUCUAUCACUACAUUCGUCUGUCAGCUACCUUGGUUUCUUCAUUAAUGAUGCCCAUGCAAAUGUCAUCAAAGAGUUUGCUGUGGCCUUUGCUACUGAGGCAUCAAUCUUGGCAGAUUGCCGCGUGAAACCCUGCACAAAGCAGCUGCACCUUACUCUGGCUCAUAAGUUUUAUCCUCACCAUCAAAAGACUUUGGAACAAUUGGCCAAAUCUAUCAACCCGGGACAGAGCUGCCUGUGGACAGCUGCUCUGUAUUCUAGAGAUAUGCGCUUUGUAAAUUACCAGAUCUUGCAAGCACUCUUCCAAUACAAGCCUCAGAACAUUGAUGAACUAAUGCUGAAUACUGGAGAUUUGAUAUAUGUUGACCGAACACAACAAUCCGAUGUUAGUGAUGGCUGGGUAAUUGGUACCUCGCACCGGACUGGCUGCAGAGGAUUUCUUCCUGAAAAUUACACAGAAAAAGCCAAUGAGUCAGAUACUUGGGUUAAACACAGAGAAUACACUUUCACUCCAGCUUCAGGACUGCUCCCCAAGAACGAAAAUGAACCUAGACGUAAACUGAAUGGUGAAGUCCAUAACCCAAUGACAAAGAGUGUGACCCAAACCCUUGCUUUCCAGCUUUCUCAGACUGUUGCUCUCAGAAGAGGCCUGUUGGUGAUGCGGCAUGGGGAGAGAGUGGAUCAUGUUUUUGGGAAGUCCUGGAUUCAGCAAUGCUUAACUGCAGAUGGAAAAUACCACAGAGCAGAUCUGAACUUCCCUGCCAAUCUGCCAAAACGAAGAGACGGCAUCAAACAUUUUGAAUAUGAUCCUCCUUUAUCAUGCUGUGGUGUUUUCCAGUCUAGACUUGUAGGAGAAGCUCUGCUGGAGAAACAAGAGGCAGUUAGCCAUGUAUACUGUUCCCCUGCCCUCCGCUGCAUACAGACAGCUCAACACGUGCUAGAAGGGCUUAAAUUAGAACAAAAAAUUAAAAUCAGGGUAGAACCUGGACUCUUUGAAUGGAUGAAAUGGGAGGCCAACAAAAUAAUUCCCUCUUUUAUGGCACUGACAGAACUGACAGAGGCUACUUACAAUAUAGAUCCCAGUUACAGAUGUACUUUCCCACUUUCCUCCCUGGUGCCAUCGGAAAGUUAUGAAGAGUAUGUAAGCAGAUGCUCUGCAGUUGUAAAACAGAUUGUCAGUGACUGCACAAGCAACGGUAUCAUCCUGAUAGUGGGUCAUGGCUCCUCCCUGGAUUCCUUCACUCGACCUGUACUAGGGCUCCCAGCCAGAGACAGCAAUGAUUUUGCCUCAUUGGUUAGAAAGAUACCUUCACUGGGCGUGUGUUUCUGUGAAGAGCUUAAAGAGGAGAAUAGAUGGCAGAUGAUUAACCCACCAGUUAAGACGUUAACCCAUGGAUCAAAUGCAGCAUUUAAUUGGAGAAAUGGUAUACUGGACAGUUAGAAUCUAUACUCAUUCAUUAUAUAUUUCAAAAAAGAAGAGAAGACAAAUUUUUUCCUCCUGGCUCAGCACAGGCCAGUGGUCUACCCAAAAUAUUUAGAACUUGGGGGAAUUUUCCUCUAUUACUUGUAAGAAUUGUCAAUGCACAGAAAGCACUUUUGAAGUUUUUGAGCCUGAGUUCUGUUUUUGUUACAGUGACUCAGAAGAAAAAACCUAUUAACUGACAUAAAAGUGAACGAUAAUUCAUCCAGUGCUGAAGAAUGAACUUUUAAAACUCCUAAUUUAGACUAACAUCUGUAAUGAUAUAUCUAUAUAUCUAUAUAUCAUUACAGAUGUUAGUCUAAAUAUAUAUAUAUAUAUAUAUAUAUAUAUGACUAUAAGCCUUGUUGCUUGACGCACUCAUGAAAACAUAUGGUAUAUCUUCAAGAACAAAGUACAAUCAAUAAAGAAUUAGACAUUUUGUUUCAGACAGGUGGACAUUUUGUUUUCUUAAAUGCUUCUAGUUUAUCCAGAGUAUGAAUGGACAUGAUGUAUCAUACAGACUAUUUAUUUUCUUCUGAUGCCUAAUCAGGUUCCAUCACAGGAGCUUUUCCAUCAAGCGAUUCUAACAAUGCAAAUAUUGCAUCAUUGUUAAUAAAUGACUUGCUGAAAAAAAGUUUAAGAAAACUGGAUGUAUUGCCUCGUUGCUAAAAAAAGAUUUUACAAUACAUUGUCGUAAUGGUGACAAGACCAUGUUGUGGGUAAUUCUAUCUGCUGAAGGUUUCCUGAGAUGACUGUCAUGUGACAGAACCACACAGCUUGUUUCUUAUUGUUUUACCCCCAGACCUGAAAUGACAAGCUUAUUGGUUGCUCACAAACCAUGUACACCAUUUCUAUCAAUUCCUUGUUUGUUUAAAGGGAUACAGACCCAAACGCCGACAAACACUUCUUCAAAAGGUUCACAUUGCCUCUUUAAACUAUCUUCAUCGUAAUGCCCUGACUAUCCCAUGUGAAACCAGGAGAUUUUGUAUCAAUGAGAAAUAAAUGAGGUCCCUAUUCCUCUC